UUUCCUCUCUUUCAAGGACUCAUUCCUCUCUCUUCAAACACUUCUUACAAUAUUGGACAACUGAAUCGUUGCCCCGUCGUUUUCAUCAGUUUGACCCGCAAUAUCACGAUGUCGGCCCCUCUCGAAUGUCCCAAGCGAAAGGAAAUGCGCAAGGCCUUGCGUAGCCUGGAGAAUCACAUCAAAGCGCUUGAACCGGACCAUCAAAUUGAGAUAGGCUCAGCUGAGAUCGAUCAAAUUCGGUUCCUGCCCAUGGUCCUGGAUGAAAGUUCAGAAGAUCGACCUGCUUUUUUUACCCUCUUGGAUGGGACUUACCUGCCGACACCUAACGACCAAUAUGACCAGGAGCACGAGGAGGAAUAUCUUCCCCAUGAUUCAAUUUCAGAGGAGUGCAGAGACCCAAGGACCUGCGCGCAAGCAAUUGACAUCUACUGGUCUAAAUACCUCUCCCACUAUUCCGUCAUCGACCAGCCCCCGGGCGGCGAAAUCGUAUGGUCUUCGAUUCCUUUGUUUAGGUCUUCUGUGUACAAGGAAAAGGUCCUCUGGCGGCAUAAUUACCCGGAGUUUGGACUCUACGACAUUCAACAGGUCACAGAAGGGCCCUAUGCACAUCUCAAGGCUACGAUAUACAACAACCUGAACGCCGAUGAUGGCCACCUCCUCCAAGGGGAGAUGCUUCUCAUUUUACGUCUGAUGCUAGCCCACAUGAGAAGGUCCCGGUACAUUGACCAUAUGGUUGUGCCGGUGAUGGUCUUUUCCCUAAUGGGGCCCCAGCAUGCUCGCGUCAUCGAAGCCUACCCGGAAGGCCAUACUAUUGUGGUUCGCCCCACCAAACUGUACGAUCUUCGCACCAAAGAUGAAGCCACUUUAAAGUUGUUUGCCCAGUGGUAUUUUGGGGAGCCACGCGCCCCUACCGGGACUUCGCAGUAGGUCGGCUGCCACAUUGUAUGCACGUUAUGUUUUUGUCAUGUUAGGUUUACGGCGCGAUGGAGGUAUUGGGAAUUGGAAUGGACAGGGUUGGCGUUUUAUUUACGAUUGACAUGAUGGACUGGAAGGAUACCCGAGGCGGAGUUUAGUUUCUAUCAAAACUACGGCCAUGGCGCACUCAUAUUGUUUCUUGCUGGCUUGUCAGAUAUCUUCCAGGAUUCGAAAG